AUGGUAGGUUUUCUAAUUCCAAGUAAAUCAAAAGUCUCCAACGCCACUAUACCUUCAACCGCCGCCGGCGGUAUUUCCGGCGGCGAAACUGACGGAUCUUCUUCGCGAAACAGAGGCGAUUGUUGCGGACUGUCGAAUCUGGUGACGAAUCUCCUUAAUUCGAUGAAGAAACGAAGCAGCGAGAUCAGGAUGAAGAAUCGGAGUCGGCAAUCGUCGUUCAAGUGUCGUUACGAUCCGUCAAGUUAUUCUCUUAAUUUUGAUUCCUCCGGUAAUAACAAUCUCUCCUUUGAUGAUGAUUAUUACUAUCGAUUCUGCACUUUCUCGUCUAGAUUCGCCUGCGCAGUUCCUAUAACCGCCGUCUCACCGCCGCCGUCGGCUGCGUUUUCACGAUAGAUUUAUGAUCUAGGUUUUUGCUCGGAAUAGAGUUUAUUUUUUGGAAAUAUUUCAUCUUUUAAAUAUAAGUUAGAUAUUUUUAAUUUAUUUUUAGUAAUAAAUUAGUUAUUCUUCAUAUCUGGUUAUUUUAAUUGGAGUUUUGUUUUUCUUAUAUGCUAAUUGGGG